AUGGUGCCUCUCUUUCUGGAUGGUCGCGUAAAGACCUUGCAUCCUCAUAUUCAUGGAGGAAUUUUUGCUAGGAGAGAUCAACAGCAUCACAUGGAGGCUCUUGGUAAGCACAGAAUUGGUACUUCUGAUGUUGUGGUGGUUAAUUUGUAUCCUUUCUACAACAAAGCUACCUCUGUGGGAUUUGAAGAUGGAAUUGAGAAUGUUGCUAUUGGUGGUCCUGCCACGAUCAGAGCUGCUGCAAAGAAUCAUCAGGAUGUCUUGGUUGUGGUUGAUUCACAUGACUACCCUGUGCUGCUGGAGUUCCUGAAGAGUAAUGGAGAUGAUCAACAGUUCCGUAGAAAACUUUCUUGGAAGGCUUUUCAACGAGUUGCUUCCUAUGAUUCUGCAGUGUUAGAGUGGCUCUGGAGACAAACAACUGGAGCAGAAGGCUGCAUGUGGACAAGAGUCUUGCUGAGGUUAAUUGAGGUGGUAUUGCAACUGCAAUCCAACAUCAUGGAAAGAAGCCCAACUGAUGGCGAAACUCGAAUGUUCUAUGAGACUGGUGGCACCAAAGUACUCAAAGAAGGGGCUAGAGGUUUUCCAUGGGAAGUCGAAAACGUUGAGGAUUCUGGAAGCGAAGAAGAACGAAAACGGGAAGCUUUCAUUGAGACAGGUCGGUGGGAGAUGGCUGGCUCAGGAUUCUGAUAAUUUUACUCCCGCAGACAUUCAAUUCAAUGUGGUCUCAGGGACAGCUCCGCAAGAUAGCGAGCUUGAAGACGCGAAGUUUGCAUGGC